UGUGUGUGUGUGUCUUGUGAGCCUGUUGACACCGCCCCGCCGGAGGGUGCAGCGGGGACCGCCAGCAGCCCAACUGUCGGAUUUUAGUCCGCGGACUAUCAACAAAUCUCCACCGCACCGGGAUGUACGGAAACGAACCGCGUAUCGAGCAGCAGCCGCGCGCGCCGUUGCCGACGUCCGUGAUGUCGCGUUAGACCGUCACAACCGGUUCGCACUACGGGAACCUCACGGCGGUUGAUUGGUGAUUGUAAUCGAGCUUGUCAUUGUUUUGGCCGGCGGUUUAACAGGUAUUUUUUAAUGCUGCGGUUGUCGCAAUGGUCGCCGGUUGGAAUUGUGCAACGAAGCUAGCUCGCUAACGGUUAGCUAACCGUAUGAACCCGGCUGCCUUCGCAGCGACCAGCGGCUGUAUUUAUUCCAGAAGUACGUGAACAUGGCAUCGCCCGCGGAGCACGACCUGGCGCUGUCCGAGGCGGACAGCAGCAAGGACAAAAGUCAGAUGUUUGGGAUUUUGAGGCUGCAGGAGGAGAAAUCUGCGGUUGCUAACAGUAGCUGCACGACGAGAGGAGGAGGAGGAGGAGGUGGUGGAGGUGGAGGAGACGGGCGAUGGCAGGCUCCCAUCUUCGCUUUAGCCAGGAAAGCAUCCGAGACAAUCUCAGGGAGCAUUCACGUCCUGCCCAAAGUGUCGGAGCACCGCGCGUCUCUCUCCAGUGACUGGAGCGUCCCAGCCCUGCGAGACCCCAUGGCUAUGGAGCGAGCCAACCUGCUGAACAUGGCCAAACUGAGCAUUAAAGGGCUGAUAGAGUCGGCUCUGAGCUUUGGACGAACUCUGGACUCGGACUACCCACCUCUGCAGCAGUUCUUUGUCGUCAUGGAGCACUGCCUCAAACAUGGCCUCAAAGUGAAGAAGUCCUUUCUGGGCUUUAACAAGUCUCUCUGGGGUCCCCUGGAGCUGGUGGAGAAACUGUGCCCUGAAGCAGUUGAGAUCUCCGCCUCUGUACGAGACCUGCCCGGACUUAAGACGCCAUUAGGCAGGGCCAGAGCUUGGUUGCGUCUGGCGCUAAUGCAGAAACGGUUGGCUGACUACCUACGACUCCUCAUCACCAGAAAAGAUCUGCUCAGUGAUUUCUAUGAGCAUUCCGCGCUGAUGCUGGAGGAGGAGGGAGCCGUGAUAGUGGGCCUGCUGGUGGGCCUUAACGUCAUCGAUGCUAACCUGUGUGUCAAGGGCGAGGAUUUAGACUCCCAGGUUGGGGUGAUUGACUUCUCCAUGUACUUGAAGAAUGACAUUGAUGAUUACAGGAGUGAGGAGAGGAAUAGCCAGAUAUCGUCAAUCCUGGAUCAGAAGAACUAUGUAGAGGAACUGAACCGACAACUCAACUCCACAGUUGGCGGUCUUCAGGGCAGAGUGGACUCAUUGGAGAAGUCCAACUCUAAGCUCGUAGAGGAGUUAGCCAUAGCCAAGAACAACAUCAUUAAACUGCAGGAAGAGAACCAGCAACUGCGGAGUGAAAACAGCCUUAUUCUGCAGAAGACACAGGAACAUUUAGAGGUAACCCAGGGCGACGCCUCAGUGGAGAGAGACACAUACAAACAGUCGCGUCAAGGAUUAGAUGAGAUGUACAAUGAUGCUCAAAGGCAACUGAAGGAAGAAUGUCAGCACAGACAGGACGUGGAGAAUGAGCUGGUAGUCCAGAUGUCGAUGAAACAGGAAAUGGAGUUGGCCAUGAAACUUCUGGAGAAAGAUAUUCAUGAAAAGCAGGACACACUGAUCGGACUGAGACAUCAGCUGGAUGAAGUCAAAGUCAUUAACGUAGAGAUGUACCAGAAGAUGCAGUCGUCGGAUGAGGAGAUGAAGAAGAAGAACGACGUGAUCACUCGUCUGGAAGAGAAGACCAAUCAGAUUACUGCCACCAUGAAGCAGCUGGAGCAAAGAUUACAGGAGGCAGAGAGGCACCGCACUUCGGCCGAGGAGGGGACCAGGCGCUUCAAGUUGGACUUUGCCAACAAGGCCGACAGCCUGCAGCGGCAAAUCGAGCACAGAGAAAGGCAACUCCAGCAACUGGAGACGGACCUGAAGAUCGAGAGGGAGUGGAGGCAGACGCUACUAAACGAUCUGGAAAGGGAGAGGGAUACGGUGGCUCAGCUCAGCACCGAGGCGCUUCAGAUCAACGGGCUGAAGAAGGAGUUCCAUCGUCUUCACGAUGAAAACGUUCAGCUGAAGACAAUCUGUGAGGAUCAAGAACAAGCUCUUGAGGAACUAGGCUCCAAGCUGAGCGAAUCCAAAAUGAAGAUUGAAGACAUCAAAGAAGCAAACAAAGCUCUUCAGGGGGGGCAGGUGUGGUUAAAGGACAAGGACGCCAGCCACUGCAAGCUGUGUGAGAAGGAGUUCUCCAUCUCUAGACGAAAGCACCACUGUAGGAACUGCGGGGAGAUUUUUUGUAACAGCUGCUCUGACAAUGAGCUCCCUCUGCCCGCCUCACCCAAACCAGUCCGAGUCUGUGACACCUGCCACGCCCUCCUCCUCCAGCGAUGCUCCUCCAAUCCAACGUGAGGGAACCAUCUGACAUCAGACCGAUUGCUCCUCCGGCCGAUCGGUCAGAUCCUCCUCCCACCCUCUCUCAUCAGAACCGCUGCUCGAAACGGGCUGUGUGAAUAAACAUUUAGCGCGUUUGAUUUGAAAAAAAGAACUACUUUACAAUGAUCUAAUGAGCACUGCCUCUUCUAAAUGCAGAUUAUCAACCAAAUUUAAGUCUUUUGAAGGACUGCAUCAUCAUCGUUGUCGUCGUCAUUGUUAUAAUGUAUGUAUCACACGUCAAACCGAUAACAGUAAAUGUACAGCCAAACAGAUGGCAUCAUAUAUUUGAUCAUGGCUUUGUUACAGGAUGUCUUCAGGUGGAGGGAAACGAACACAAACAUAAAGGCACAGGCACCAAAAAAAAAUCUAAAUACUAGAUACGCAACGUUACUCCAAGGAACUUUCAUUUCUGGCAACCCCUGUGGAGAAUGUGGUGGUGUUUCCCUUUACAAAGUCGCUGUGGAGCCGGCAGCACGGCCUGGGUCUCCGGCAGCGGGGGGGGGGGGGGGGGGCGGUGUUUCUCCCCUGCAGAGUCUGUGGGGGAGCAGCAAAGCCAAGCGCCUCACAGUAAGACGAGAGGCUGCUUUUUGGAAACAUGAACUGGAUGCGUUUCAGUCAAAUCAGGCCUGAGAAGAUCAGGGCUGGUUAAGCUUGUUUUUUGUCCCCGUUUUAAUUGCGGCCGUUUCAGGAGCGACAUGGAGAUAUAUUUUGUGACAGAGAGACUUGAAAUGAAUUCAAGGAAAAGCUCUCACCUCCAAGAAGAUUUUGCUGACACGAUAGAUUUUGGGGUUGUGGGUAGUAAAGGAACUUUGGAGGUUUUCUUACCAAUGUCUGUGCCGUUUGUGCCUGUGUGUAAAAGCCCAUAAUUCUUUCCCUUGCUUGCGCUUCUCAUGUUGCCAAAAUGAGCCUGAAAUGCGAGGCUUUCUGUUGAGGGAAUCUGAAAAUAGUUAGCAACUCUAAAUAAUAUAUAGAUAUCUAUAUAUUGUUAUUAUAUCUAUAAAAUAAAUAAUAAAUUAGCAACUCUAGCCCAGCAAAGCCAUCUCCAGAAAAGGCACAUUUCACUGUUUUCAAACACUAACGCAUUGGAAGCUGCUUUUAGGACCAAGAAGGGCAACAAAUGCCGUCGUCGCUGGUCACAGAUGGAGAUGGGACUUCUUAAAUGUUUUUUUUAGUCGAUAAAACAAUAACGGUUUGCUCACAACACGACCACUUCACUAACUACUCGGUGGUUAAGGACAGACGGGAGUGUUGCACUCCUCCACAAUGGCCGGCUGGUUUCAGCACUUGGCAAUCUUAUAUAUUACCUCUUAUAUAGAUUUAUUUGAAAGUAUUUAUAUUGGAUUUUGUAUUUCAUGCACAUUUUUACUUUCAGAAGUCCAGGGAACUUGUCUUCAUGCUUUCCUUGUUCACCUGAAGUAAGUUGAGCAGAUGGGGAACCGCAAUUUACUGCUGCUCUAUUAGUGAGACGAAGGGUUUGAAACUCUAAGCCAAUUGUGUUCCUCUAUGUUUAUUGUGUUAAACUAAUGCUGAUGACUGUACAGUCUUCAGUGACGGGUUCAUUUUAUGAUUUCCAUAAGCGCUAUGAUACGAGUUCCAUUGCACAUUCUGGUUUUUAUACUUGUAAAAUGUUUACAUCCUAUGACUUUUCAAGUACCGGAAGUAUUCAUUCCUAUGAAAAGAUAAAACAAGCCUGCGUUUAUUUCGAUCCAAUUUAACGUGUUUUUUAUUGUAAAAAUAUUUAAAAACUGACCAUUGUAUUAUAUCACCACUAAGUAAUACAGGCAAAUUGCACCCAGGCCUAAAACCUUUUUGUACGGUGUCGUUCUUACGAAGUCUGACAGCUUUCAAUGGGACUUAAACUGUUGACACCACUGUAUGUUGUAUUUACACAAUUGUUGAUAAUCACAGUGACUCUUUAGUUAACUGAAUCCCACCAGUUUAAUAUUAUCAACUCAUGCCAACAAUAUGCUGUUUUUCCUGUGUAGCAGUUUCUGAUUAAAUCACAUCACAAACAUG